AUGCCGACGGGGUUAUGGAGCCUACGAGGGCUGCAACGCCACGACCGACUGGGACCAGAGCUGGGCUACGUGCAGGGCGGUUCCACUUGCAACCAGGCCCCGGGCUCCACCGUGGUCGGCGAGACGCGCAAGUGGCGCGAGCGCGGCUCCUGCGACUGCAUGACGGAGUGGAACUACGAUGGCGACGCCGACGGGGUUAUGGAGUCGUGCGAGGGCUGCAACACGCGCAAGUGGCGCGAGUGCGGCUCCUGCAACUGCGUGACGGAGUGGAACUACGUUGGCGAUGCCGACGGGGCUAUGGAAUCGCACGAGGGUUGCAGCGCCACGGCAGACUGGGACCAGAGCUGGCGCUACGUGCAGGGCGCUUCCAAGUGCAACCAGUAUCUGAGCCCCACCGUGGUCGGCGAGACGCGAAAGUGGUGCGAGUGCGGCUCCGGCAACUGCAGGACGGAGUGGAACUACGAUGGCGUUGCCGCCGGGGUUAUGAAGUCGUACGUAGGCUGCAGCGCCACGGCCGACGGGGACCAGGGCUGGUGCUACGUGCAGGGCGGUUCCAAGUGCAAACAGUAUCUGAGCCCCACCGUGGUCGGCGAGACGGAGUGGAACUGCGAUGGCGUUGCCGCCGGGGUCAUGGAGUCGUACGAGGGUUGCAGCGCCGCGGCCGAUUGGGACCAGAGCUGGUGCUACGUGCAGGGCUGUUCCAACUGCAACCAGGCCCUGGACUCCUCCGUGGUCGGCAAGACGCGCAAGUGGCGCGAGUGCGGCUCCCGCAAUUGCAUGACGGAGUGGAACUGCGAUGGCGAUGCCGACGGGGUUCUGGAGUCGUACGAGGGCUGCAGCGCCGCGGCCGACUUGGACCAGAGCUGGUGCUACGCGCAGGGCAUUUCCAACUGGAAUCAGGCCCUGGGCUCCACCGUGGUCGACGAGACGCGCAUGUUGGGUCCUCGGCAGUCUGUGUCGCCUGGCCCACCUACGCCUCUCCUUCCUCCAGUAUUCACCUGAUUUUCGGCUAUCGUUCGCC